AGACAAGUAAGUGGAUAGCAUUUCAAUUGAAAAAAGAAAAAAGAAAAACAAAACAAAAAAUGUAAAACCCUAACUGCUACCUAUUCCCAAGCCCAAAACCCUUUUCUUCUUUCUCCUCUCUGGGCGAGCAAACUUCCAUUGCCACCAAUGCCUCAACCCAGAGCAACGCGGUUCCUCCUCCUCCUGUCCCGCUGCACCCCAACCCGGAACCGUCCUCCUCCUCCCUACCACCAGCGCCACCACCUCCGAACCAUCUUUGAUGGCACAUUUAAGCCCGUCCGCGACCGCGGCCUGGAUCACGCGGUGGAGCGUGAGAAAAACCUCAAACCCUUGAUCUCGCUCAAAACCCUCAUCAAACGCGAACCCUCCAAAUCCCUCCCUCUCUCGCUCAUCAAAAGCACCCUCCACUUUCCCUUCCGCCCCAUCGAAUUCAUCCGCAAGUACCCCUCCGUCUUCGAAGAGUUCCUCCCCACUCCUACCCUCCUCCAACCCCACAUCCGCCUCACACCGGAAACCCUACACCUGGACGCCGAGGAGCAGCUAGUAUACCAAUCACACCAGUUCAAACACCAAUCAGCUGACAGGCUCUUGAAACUCUUGAUGAUUGCAAGAAUCCACAAAAUCCCACUGCCACUCCUUGAGCACUUGCGGUGGGACCUUGGCCUACCGGAUGACUACACCGAAACGGUUGUACCGGAGUUUCCUGACUACUUUCGAGUUGCAGACGGGUUCCUGGAACUCGUCUGCUGGAGCCACGAGCUGGCGGUUUCGGUUAUCCAGAACCGAAACAAGAAAGAUGAAUUUGAUGGUCAAUUGGUGUUUCCUGUGCAGUUUUCUACUGGUUUUGAGAUGGAUAAGAAGUAUGAGAAGUGGUUGAGGGAGUGGCAGAGGUUGCCUUAUGUGUCUCCUUAUGAGAAUGUGUCUCAUUUGUCACCAACCAGUGAUGAGUCUGAUAGGUGGGUUGUGGGUGUGUUACAUGAAAUUCUUCAUGUUUUUGUUGGCAAGAGAAUUGAGAAGGAUAGUUUGUUGGAGUUUGGAGAGUGGUUGGGGUUGAGGUCGAGGUUUAAGAGGGCGUUGUCGCAGCAUCCGGGGAUUUUCUAUGUGUCUAGUAAAGUUGGAACCUAUACUGUUGUAUUGAGAGAGGGAUACAAGAGGGGUACGCUGAUUGAGAAUCAUCCGGUGAUGAAUUUGAGGAAUCAGUAUGUUCAUCUGAUGAAUAGAGUCAGUGAAGAGGGGAAAGUGGGUAAGGUGGUGCAAGGAAAGGGUGGUGCGCAUGAGGCAGAGGCUAAAGUCGUUGAAGCGGGUGAAAGAGAGGGAGAGGGAGAGGGAGAGGGAGAGGGUGAGAGUGAUGGAGAGAAUGUGGGGCAGCAUGAAGAAGAGGCAUGUGAAAUUGAGGAUGCCAGUGAAACCGAUGUUGAUGAUGAUGAUGAUGAAAGGAGGUUUUGGAGAGGUAAUCAGAAAAUUGCUCCUGGUAGAAGGAACAGGGACUUUGGGAAAGUGAAGUUAGAUGUUGGCAAGCCUUUUAGGGAUUCUGGGAGGGAAAGAUUGCAUCUUAGAGAUUCUGGGAGGGAACGAUCUCCUUUGAGAGAUUCUGGGAAUGAAAUAUCACGUUUGAGAGAUUCUGGGAGGGAAAGAUCACGUUUGAGAGAUUCUGGGAGGGAAAGAUUGCAUCUUGGAGAUUCUGGGAGGGAACGAUCUGCUUUGAGAGAUUCUGGGAGUGAAAGAUCACGUUUGAGAGAUUCUGGGAGGGAAAGGUCGCCUUUCAGAAAUUCUGGAAGCGAAAGAUCACCUUUCAGAGAUACUCGAAUGGAACGAUCAACUUUCAGAAAUUCUGGAAGGGAAAGGUCGUCUCUGAGCGAUUCUGGAAGGGAAAGGUCCCCUGUGAGCGAUUCUCGAAGGGAAAGGUCACCUCUGAGAGAUUCUGGGAGGGGAAGUUCACCUCUGAGCUAUUCCCGAAGGGAAAGAUUACCUUUGAGAGAUUCUGGGACUGAAAGGUCACCUUUGAGAGAUUCUCGAAGGGAAAGAUCAACCGGGAAGCAUACACAGAAAACCGGGGAGAAGAAUUCGUUAGAAGUUUCUAAAAGUAGACCAGUGCGAGGUGGACAUGUAAAGAAGUUGAGAACACACAAGGGAAAUCAAGAUCCUCUAAAAGCAGCAGGUCAUUAAUCAUCAAGAAAACCCCCUGUUUUCUGAAGAUUCAAUUUUUGUUUGCGGAAACUUUCACAUAUUCUUGUAUGUGGUUCCUGCUUUGGUCCUUCCAUGUUAUUAGUUUGAAACUGAAGGUUACAAUUUUUAAAUGUUUUAUUCUUGCUGCUGUUCAUGCAAUAUAAUUUUAGGACCUAUAGUUUAGUGAUGGCCACUUCUUGGGCUAUAGUGGUGUUUUGUAACAGCAAAGAGACUAAUGUUAUAUUGCAAAUGUGUUAUCUAGGCUA